UAUAACCGUUUCUCUCUAAGUGGGGAAAGGAGAUUCCAACCAAAAAGUAUUGUACCCUAAUGUACAACCCGGUGCUAGUAGUAAUGUAAUAAACUUCUAGCUGAAACUCUAAAACCUCCCAAACGCCACCGUCACCACCACCACGACAACCACAAGAGGGACCCACAAGGACUCAGUUGAAUCAACCGGAGCUGUCCGUUGAUUAAAAUGGCACAUCCGCCGUACGAUCCUUACUACAUGCCUUCUCUUCACCAUCACCAUCAUUCUCCGGCGACGCCGCCUCCUUCGCAUCAUAAUCAUCGUUAUCAUCACCUCCAUCAACAGCAAGACAGCGGGAUAAACACGCUCUUCGUGUCGGGACUGCCAGACGACGUUAAAGUCCGUGAGAUUCACAACCUCUUUCGCCGGAAACCUGGCUUCGACUCUUGCCAGCUCAAGUACACGGGUCGGGGCAACCAGGUUGUUGCAUUUGCCACGUUCUUCAAUCAUCAAUCUGCCAUUGCAGCUAUGCAUGAGUUGAAUGGUGUUAAAUUUGAUCCACAAAAUGGAUCAGUCCUGCAUAUUGAAUUGGCCAGAUCAAACUCAAGGAAGAAACGCAAACCAGGGGGCGGUGCUUAUGUUGUUAUUGAUAAAAGAACUAAAGUAGCAGCUAAUGCCCAAGAAACAUCAAGUGCUGAUAGAGAUAGUGACACAGAUGAAGCAUCUCCAAGAGACAACACUGAUUCUGGCAACAGGGGUGAUUCAGUGAAUGAGACCAGUGAGACAGCAGCUGUUCCCGACAACUCUGCAACAUUUGUAAAUGAGCAGUCUGAAAAGACUUUUGAAGGUGGUGUUCAACCAUGCUCAACUUUAUUUAUCGCAAACUUAGGUCCAAAUUGCACCGAAGAUGAGCUAAAGCAAGCUUUGUCUUUAUAUCCUGGAUUCAGUUUGCUCAAAUUGCGUGCCAAAGGUGGAAUGCCAGUUGCAUUCGCUGAUUUUGAGGAAAUUGAACAAGCUAGUAAAGCCAUGGAGGAGCUUCAAGGCACUAUGUUACCAUCAUCUGAUCGAGGCGGCAUGCACAUCGAAUAUGCAAGGUCCAAAAUGCGGAGGUUCUAGGGGAAAAGGGAGCAGAGGCAGAAAUUUUACUUUGUUUGAUGGAGUUCUUAUUCAGCUGGAUUGCUGUUGAGAUUUUUUGAUCCACAUGAUCCCGAUUAUUUCUUAUUCACCUUUGAAAAACGAGAUGAAAAUCUUUAGAUGUUGCAGAGUUGUAAAGAAUUAUAUUUAUAAGGUAGAAGUUAUUUAUUA